AUGGACCAAAUAUACUUUAUAGUAAUUGAUGAUCUGUGGGAAACAACAACAUGGGAUAUUGUUAAAAGCGCUUUUCCAGAUGGUAAAAAUUACAGUAGAAUAAUGACAACAGCAGAAACUGACAGUGUAGCUCUGGAAUGUUGUGGUUAUCAGUCUGAUAAUAUUUUGAAAAUGAAACCCCUUGGCAGCCAUGCCUCUGCAGAAUUGUUCUUCAGUAUUGUUUUUGGCUCUGAACAUCUGUGUCCUGAUCAAUUGAAGGAAGUUUCAGAUAGAAUCAUUAGAAAGUGUGGUGGUUUGCCACUAGCAACCAUCUGUAUUGCUGGUCUCUUAGCAAGUCAGACGGAUAACUCUGAGCUAUGGCAUCAUCUGCAGAAAUGUUUAUGCUCCAAAUUAAGUACAAGUCCUACUUUGGAAGAGAUGCUGAAAGAAGUACUAAACCUUAGCUACAGUAGUCUUCCUUAUUAUUUGAAGACAUGCUUGCUGUAUCUUACUAUGUAUCCGGAGGGGUACACGAUGUGGAAGGUUGAUUUGUUGAAGCAAUGGAUAUCUGAAGGUUUCAUUGCUGCAAAGGAAGAAAAAGAGGUAGAGGAAAUUGCAGAUAGCUAUUUUUAUGAGCUUGUCAACAGGGGAAUGAUCCAACCUGAGCAAAUUAACCAUAAUGAUGAGGUGUAUUCCUGUACAAUGCACCACACUGUACGUGAUCUUAUUAUGUUCAAGUCCAAAGAAGAGAAUUUUAUCACUUCCAUAGAUUAUUCAAAAGCCAUCACAGGACAUUCUAAUAUGGUCCGUCGACUUUCUCUCCACUUUAGCAGUGCCAAAUAUGCGACCAAGCCAUCAGGUGUAAUACUGUCGCAAUCGCGAUCACUUUUCUUUUUUGGACUUCUCAGAUGUUUUCCUUCUGAUGUGGAGUUUAAGUUGCUGCGAGUUCUGACCCUUGAGUUUUGGGGCAACCAAUAUGGGCAUACGAAUCUCGACCUCACAAGAAUUUGCAGUUUGGUUCACCUCCGAUAUUUGAAGAUUUCAUGCAAUAUGAUUGUAGAACUACCAGCCCAGAUGCAUGGACUACGAUACAUGGAAACACUGGAAAUAAAUGCAAGAAUAUCUUCUGUUCCAUUGGAUAUCAUUGAUCUCCCAGGCUUAUUGCAUCUAUCUCUUCGAGAUGAGAGAAAUCUACCUGAUGGGAUUGGCCGCAUCAGAUCUCUGCGUACACUACAGUAUUUUGACCUUGGCAAUAACUCUGAAGACAAUGUACUGAGCCUCGGUAGCUUGAUGAACCUGCAAUAUCUUCAUCUCACCUAUUCCACAGUGCAGUCUGAUGAGCACCUGAAGAGAAAUAUGGUAGCUUUGGCCUCUUCUGUUAUCAAGCUUGUUAACCUCAAAUCUGUCAUUCUGGCUCCUGGAGCUUUAAGCACAGCCAUUUACCAUGAUGUCUUGAGCAGCGUUUCCUCUCCUCCUGUCUUUCUUCAGGGUCUUCAGAGACUUGAUUUGUUGCCCCCAAUUUGCAUGUUUUCCAGGGUUCCCAAGGAUAUUGGAGUAGUUCGCAAACUUUGCUAUUUGAGUCUUGUGGUCCGUGAACUACGAAGGAAUGAUAUUGACAGCAUCACAGGAUUGCCUGCCCUCACUGUUCUUUCAUUGUAUGUCCGACAACCCCCUGCAGAAAGCAUCAUCUUCAACAAUGGGUCAUUCCCUGCUCUCAAAUAUUUCAAAUACAUGUGCGGUGUACUGUGCCUGGCCUUCCAGGAAGGAGCAUUGCCCAAUGUUCUUAGGCUCAAGCUAGGUUUCAAUGCCCGCAAAGGACAGCAGUAUGAUGUUUUGCUUGCCGGCAUUCAGCACUUGGUAAACCUGAAGAAGAUUGAUGGAAUAAUUGGGGCAGCCGAGGGUGCUGAGGGACCUGACAGAAGUGCUGCAGAGUCUGCGUUCAAGGACACCAUUCACAAGCAUUCAAAGUUUCCUAGUUACGUCAACGUAAAAAGGGUAGAUUGGGUUGAGGAAGAGAACGAGCCAAGGACCCAAGUUAACAGCUCACCAAAAUGUCAUGAAAUUCUACAAAAACAGCGUGGGGUAAAUGAGACCGAGGAAGAUACAAAGCAGUUUGCUGAUAGUGGGGUGAAGAAUCAGAUCAUGCAGGUGUCUCCUCAGCAUAUGGAUUUAUGCCCAGACGAUACAAAGCUGACUAUGCCUAGUAGCAACAGAACGUCAUUUCCUGAAAAGUUACAGGAUAAUAUUGCAGCUGAAGCAGUGAGCUUUUCAUCUACUACAUCAUCUGCUCAAAGUCCACAGUCGUGGUCAGCUCCAUCAUCUCACCACUCUUUACCUGAAACAUAUGCAUGGGACCCAGAGGGAUCUCCUUGGUCAAGGGCAUUGAGUAGUCCUUCUCUUACGCCAAAGAAUACCAGUGCCCCUCAAUCAGCUAUGCACCCGAUGUUAUCUCCAGAAGACCAUGUUUCACGUACUGAAGGCACCCGGAGUACUGGCUAUUUUCACCCCUUAGCACUUCCUCCCAGUGCUAGCAACCAGCCCGCUCCAAAAGUUGAAAUGUCCUUAGUAGGUCAAUGGCAAAAGAGCAAACUUAUAGGUAGUGGUACAUAUGGUGAUAUAUAUGAAGCUACCAACAGGCACACUGGAGCUCUUUGUGCAGUUAAAGUGAUCAGUAUAAUUCCUAAUGAUUCUAGAUCUGCUGAUUCCUUGAAGCAAUUAGACCAGGAAAUAAAGCUUCUAAGCCAAUUUAAGCACGAGAACAUAGUUCAGUAUUAUGGUAGCGAAACUAUAGAAGGCCGACUCUACGUUUACAUGGAGUAUGUUCAUCCUGGUUCAAUUAAUAAGUAUAUCAAACAACAUUGUGGAGCGAUAACAGAAUCGAUUGUCUGCAACUUCACUCACCAUAUUCUUAGGGGUUUAGCAUUUUUGCAUGGCCAAAAUAUUAUGCAUAGGAAUAUCAAAGUAUCAAAUUUGCUAAUUGACGUUAAUGGUGUUGUUAAAUUGGCCGACUUUGGAACGGCUAAGCAUUUAAGCACUGCAGCCCCUAAUCUUUCAUUGAAGGGAGCAACAUACUGGAUGGCUCCAGAGAUGGUUCAGGCUUCACUUGUUAAAGACGUAGGCUAUGAUCUUGCUGUUGAUAUCUGGAGUCUUGGUUGCACCAUUAUUGAGAUGUUCAAUGGAAAACCUCCUUGGAGCCAUCUUGAAGGGGCUGCUGCAGUAUUUACGAUUUUGCAUAAGAACCCACCGCUUCCUGACAAUUUAUCACACGAGGCAAAGGAUUUUCUGGAAUGCUGUUUCAAGAGGAAUCCAGCAGUGAGGCCAAGCACAAGCGAGUUGUUGAACCAUCCGUUUAUCAGGAAUUCAAGUCAUUACAGCAAGCAUGUUAAAGAAGUCAUUAUUACAGGCUGUGAGGAAGUCGUUCGAGCAAGCUGUGACCCAUCCUUAACAGGGAAAACUGCAACUGGUGGAGGAAAUGAUGCCAGGUCUUCCGAAUCAUUAGUUUCACAAUUAACUCUGCAACCAGUCCAGGAAAUUGAGAGUGAGGAUGAGGAGCAUGAUGAUGAGGCUGAGGAUGAAUCUGAACAUGAAGUGGAAGCUGCGGAUCCUGAUGUCGCUGCAGCGGCACCUAAAGAGACAGAAAGGCAGCUGUCUAAAAAGGAGUUGAAAAAGAAGGAACUGGCUGAAAUUGAUUAUGUGUUAGCUGAGUUGGGGAUUUCUGAAAAUGAGGCUGAUGCUGAACAAGAUGCUGAGAAGAAAGGUGCGAAUCAAACCGGUGAUGGAGAGAGAAAGGAAGACGCGCCUGCCCCUUCAGGGAGUAAGAAUGCCAAGAAGAAGAAAAACAAGGACAAGAACACAAAGGAGGCAAAGGAAGCUAAAGUGUCGGAGGAGGCUGCCAGUGCAGAGCCCGAGGAAGACACAGCCGUGGGUGUCAAGGAGCGCCUAAAGAAGAUGGUCUUCAUGAAGAAGAAGUCGGGCAAGGAGAUGGACACAGCUGCAAAGAUGACCGCCGCAGAGUUGGCAGCUAGGAGGACCGCCAGGCUCACUGCGGCAAAGAAGCCCGACAGACAGCCAACAGGGCCUGCAGCCAGAGGGAGAAGCCCGAUGGGAAUUGGAUCCCCAAGAGAAGGAGCACCAUCAAAGCGAUCAUCACGGCCAUGAUUGGCAUACACACCAAGAAGAGCCCCAGCACCGCCACAAGUUCUGGCGGCAGGGCCGACAGCGAUGGUUCCUAAUGAUCGAGCAUGAGUGCACACGUACAUCGGACAUUGAUAGUUUGUGAUUAUGCUGGACUGCUGAAAUAUUGCAUUUCAUAUUAAGGAGAGGGAAUACGGACCAGCCUAGUCGGCAAAGGAAAGAAAAACAAUUACCAAGAGGACUACUAUAGAAACAGCAACAGCGAAAACAAGACACAGGCCAAGACCUAAGAGCCAUGAGAUCAGAAGCUCCAGCUGCGCCCCAGCAGUGAAAACUUUACUUGCAUCUUUCUAUCAAGGCCUUUUUUUGGUCUAAAAGGGAGAGAUUCUCUCCAGCAAGCCACUAUUCCCCCAAGGAUUGGUUGACGGAAGGAGCGAUUCUGCUCUACAAUUUUGUUUCAGAAUUACUGAUGAUGCAUGCUACCAGUGUUUUCAUAUGUAGCUUUGCUUGCCUGCCUGCUGGGUGCUACAGUAGAUGCUUCAGUCAUUCCUGACAUAUGCUUGAUCAGAUUUCUCAACCAUUGCUGGAUUGCCUGUCAUAUCUCGAUGGGAUGUCUCGACUAUCUUAAAAAUUGAAGAGGUUUACUCUCUUUUUUGCCACUAAAGGUAUUGCUGACAUCACUAUUAUCAUA